AUGGCCGUCCCGCCGCUCAAGCGUUGGCCGAGUGAGCUGAUAUUGUCUCUCUUGGAAUUGCUAUCCUUGAACGACUUGCUCUCCAUGAGUCGCGUCAACAAAUCCAUCCGCGCCCUAGCCCUGCCUCUGGUCUACUCGACGGUUGAGGUAAGCUGGACUUGGCAACGCACGCCGCCUGUUAUCCUCCUACUCCAAAGCCUUCUCGAGCGACGCGAGCUGUCUGGCUACAUCCGUAACCUACGCCUGGUGGGAAAUGGGUUCAAAGACAGGCCCGAACUCAGGGAGCCGCCUGUAUUCCCCCUCGACGCUCAUCUGCUCAGCAAGGCAACCGAGGUCAUCGAAUCAACCAGAGUACCAUUCACCAAGCUUUGGAUAGACGAGUUACACUCUGGCAGCGUCGACGCCAUCGUGGCACUGCUUCUCGCCAUGGUGCCUAAUUUAACGUCCCUUCGCCUUGGGCCCAACUUUACUGUUCGAAGCCGACUUUGGGGAGGGAUAUUUCAAUGCGCUCUUUGCGGGCCGCCAAACACGUACAACUUGCCUACAUAUGAAGACCUACGCAGUGUCAAGUCCGAGUUUAGGACCAAAGAAUGGCACCACGUCGACGUGUGUAACGCGGCCGAUGUUCUUGCCCUGUUUUAUCUCCCGAGAAUCCAGAACCUAUCCGUAUCUAUUGACAGCCCGGUUGAAUUCGCCUGGCCCUGUUCGCAUCCGCCAGCCCCCUCGUCCAUCAUGUCACUAGAUAUUUACCGGCUGCGCGAAUCACGCAUUGGCCCCGUGCUCUCGGUUCUAAAGGGUCUCCAGAGGCUGCAUUGGCACUGGUCUUAUCAGCCAGAUCUUGACGAGGAGGUUAGCAACGGCGUGCUUGACCUCGACACGGCAGCUAUAGCAUUGAACGAAGUUGCCGAUACGCUCACCGACUUGACUAUUGGUGCAAUCACACGUCCCAGGAUAUCCGUCGGUGAUUACGACCCUCCUCUGCUGGAAUUCCAGGGAUCCCUGGAUGGAAUGUCCCGUCUGGGUAAACUUAAGAAAUUACGUCUUCCGUGGGUCUUCUUGAUGGGGUUUUCGGAAUCACCGGCUUCAAAACUCUUGAGUGCGCUUUCUUUGGGCCUUGAGCAGCUUGAGCUAACGACAGACUUGAAUGACCAUGAGGAAUGGGAGUGGCAUGACGAUGACUCUAUUAUACACGCGAUAAAACUAGAGCUGGCUAGUCCCUCCUUAUCGCGUUACACGUGUUUGCGUCGCAUUGUUCUGCCUAUUCCUUCAGAGUAUAACGAAAUGACUAAUGAGCGACGAGAGGAACUAUCAACGAUUGGUGCAAGGGCGGGACUCGAGUUGGGGUGGAUGGAGUAG